AUGGCCGCAUCUUCCUUGGCUGCCUCCCUGCUGCUGCUUGCGCAGAGCCCUGCGAUUGCUGAGCAGACAAUUGUCAGGUUCCCUGCGUCGUCAAACCCGGGCAUCUUUGCGGCUCAGAAGACCCUGGUGGAGGCCUGGACGAUCAUUGAGGACGCCUAUGUGGAUGCACGUUUUGGCGGGAAUGAUUGGGAGAGCGAGCUCAGCGAGGCCCUUGUGUCAGCAUAUACCGCUGACACGAGCGCCAACGCCUACCACGAGAUCAGCACCAUGCUCGAGAAGCUCGGAGACCCCUUCACCCGCAUUGUGCCCCCCUCGGAGUACGCAGACUUCCGGGUGAGCUCGGACGGCGAGGUGCAGGGCGUGGGGCUGCUGAUAGCGGCUGACCCCAACAGCGGCAAGCUUGUGGUGCUGGCGCCCAUCCAGGGCGGCCCUGCCGACCGCGCCGGUAUCAAACCUGGCGAUGAGGUGCUGAGCAUUGACGGGACCACGACUGAGGGCUGGGAUGGAGACAGGGCGGCCAAAUCGCUGCGCGGAACAUCGGGAUCGUCGGUGACGGUAAAAUUCGCGCGGCGCUCCGAGCAGGUGCGGCUGCAGCGUGAGAAGCUGGAGCUGUCGCCGGUGUAUUCGACGGCGAUGGUGCACGAGGGGCACAAGCUGGGCUACAUCCGCCUCGUCAACUUCAGCCAGCACGCCGCCGCCGACAUGCAGAAGGCCGUCACCCAACUCGAGAGGGGCGGCGCUGAGGGUUUCAUCCUGGACCUGCGCAACAAUCCGGGAGGCCUGGUGCGCGCGGGGCUGGACAUCGCGCGGCUGUGGCUGGACGGCAACGCCGCCAUCUUCAACGUGCAGGGCCGGGAGGACAACGGCCACAUGGCAAUCAUGCAGCGAGUCAUCCUGGACGCGGGGGACGCCCUCAGCGAGAAGCCGCUGACGGUUCUGGUGAACGGCGGCAGCGCGAGCGCGAGCGAGAUUCUGGCGGGCGCACUUCGCGACAACGGCCGCGCAACGCUCGUGGGCGACCGCACUUUUGGCAAGGGCAAGAUCCAGUCAGUGUUUGAGCUCGAGGACGGCUCCGCGCUCUUCGUCACAGUCGCCAAGUACCGCACGCCCAACAUGGAGGACAUUGACAAGGUGGGCAUCCAGCCAGACACGGCGUGCACGCUGGGCGAGCCGGGGCGGCAGUCGGCGGCGGGGGUGCCCGUCGACCGCAAGACGGCCUCCUCGGUGCUGUCGCAGCUGCAGGAGGACUCCUGCGUGCUCACCGCCGAGCAGCUGCUCGAAGGCCAGCUCAUCCACUCCUGA